CCCUAAAGAAUUUUUGUGCAAAAAGCGGCUCCUAGCGGCCAAAUUCUAAGAAAAUUCUCAGAGUCAUGACGUUUUCUUAGAAUUUCCCCUAAAAGUGACACGAAAAUCCCAGUUAAUAUAAAAGCUAUUCCUCAAGAUUCCUAGCGCUUAAAAGGGCUCCUAAGGCGAGAUCUGCUAAGAGCAGGGAAGAGGACUUUUAGUGGCUUAGGAGUUCCCCUAAGCAGCUGCACAAAAUGGCCAACAGAGGAGGCAGAAGAGAUGUCCUGCAAACACUGGAUGACAGGGAAUUAUUGAGACGCUACAGAUCGGAUCGUGCAGGAAUCAUGUUUGUGGUGGAUCUCCUUAGAGAUGCAAUUACUUCACCAACUCGACGCCACAACGCUAUUACACCGGAGAAGAAAGUAAUCACAGACAUCGAUAAAAGCUGAGCCGUGUUACCCUCGUUAAGACCACACUGAGUUAUAACGCUGUAAUUUCUACUUCAUUAAGGACAGCCCCCUGAGACAGGCCAUCUUGUUUUCAGCGGGGUCCAUAUGGGAGUGAAAGUACAAAAUAUGCCAGCUAGGAUAUUAAUAUGAACAAAUAAGACACGAAUCAUUAUUUGAACAGGGUGUAAUGAGCUUAAGUUUUCACAUAUUUUAGAUUCUAAUGUUAGGCUAUAACCCCUACAGCUUACUAUUCAUUUUCCAGAUAUUUACUUGGAUGUGAAAUAUUAUUUACAAUUACAGUCUGCAUAAGAUUAGAGUGUAUAAUUAUGUUUAUUGAUUUGAAAGUAAAUCCUUUGCUCAUUAAACUUGUAGGAUCGACCAAUCACGGCUUUUGAAAUGAUGAGUCAUACCUAGCAACGGGGUCAAACACACCUCCUCACUAAGAUAGGAUUUUCCAUCCAUUCCUUGCUCAGAGUUCACUGAAAAUGUUCUGGAAUCACUUCUAAGCUAAAACUCCUGGCAAGGAAUUUUUAGGUUAAGUUAGGAGCUCUCAGAGGAUUCUCAGAAUCUUUAGGGAUACGGGCCCUGAUCUUCACCCAGCAGACGAUGUUCCACCGCACUGCACCGCUCAUUGCUGCCCUCCUGUGGACGCAAACGUCUCUCACCAGUGCAGGAAACAUCCUGGUGUAUCCGGUAGAAGGAAGUCGCUGGGUCAACAUGAACAUCAUCCUGAAGGAACUACAUAGACGAGGUCACGAACUGACAGUUGUACGUUCUUCUAUGAGUUUACAGGUUCCUGAAAAUGCUCCUCACUACAGAUCACUGACCGUCCGGGUCUCUGAAGCGAUAAACCUGGAUAAACCUGACCAAACGGCGUUGCUCUUGAAGAACACUAUCGAAAGCAGAAGAAGUAAAUGGUCCGUUCUUGCCCUGAUAGCUGCGUAUCAAACGUUUUUUAACCUUAUGGAGCAAGGUAACCGAGUGAGUGCAGAAAUGUUAAGGACCAUAUUGGAGGAUAAAACCUUAAUAAAAAAUCUCCAAAACGCCAAGUUUGAUUUGAUGUUGACGGAUCCGUUUUAUGGAAGCGGAGUUGUCCUGGGGUCGUACUUGGGUCUACCGAUAGUGCUGAAUGUCCGCUGGAUAAUGUCCAGAGAAGCACACUUUGCAAUCGCACCUUCUCCUCUUUCAUACAUUCCAACAUUUGGAUCUGAACUGAGUGACAGAAUGACCUUCAGAGACAGACUGAAGAAUUUGUGGCAUCAUUCUCUCAUCCAGUAUUUGGAUCACAUGAUCACUAGACCGGCUUUUCAGGCUCUCGUAUCUGAGUUUAUCGAUCCAAAGGCUGAUAUUUUCUCCCUCACACAAGGUGCAGAUCUGUGGCUCAUGCGAGUAGAUUUUGCCUUCGAGUUUCCUCGGCCCACGAUGCCGAACGUGGCGUACGUCGGGGGAUUUCAGUGCAAGCCUUCCAGUCCUUUACCUGAUGAGUUGGAGCUGUUCAUGCAGACUUCAGGGGAACAUGGUGUCAUCGUCAUGUGUUUUGGAACUCGGUUUGAAGGUUUGGACUUCAAUCUAUCUGAAAUCUUUGCCUCUGCCAACGCUCGUCUACCGCAGAAGGUCGUGUGGCGUCAUGGAGGACCAAAACCUUCCACAGUGGGCAACAACACACUAAUAUUAGACUGGAUUCCACAAAAUGAUCUUCUUGGACAUCCCAAAACGAAGGUUUUCAUAACUCACGGAGGAACAAAUGGUAUCUACGAGGCCAUCUAUCAUGGAGUCCCGAUCUUGGCCAUACCACUGAUCCUGGACCAGUUUGACAACGUGGUACGUCUGAAAGCUAAAGGCAUAGCAGAAGUUCUGGAGGUCACCGAACUGGAUGUUGAUGCACUGACUCGAUCUCUUCAGAACAUCGUGGAUGAAAAGCAGCCCUACAUGGAGAACAUGCGUAAGAUUUCCUCUCUACAUCAUGACACGCCACUAAAACCGAUGGACAGCAUCAUCUUCUGGUUGGAAUUUGUCAUGAGGCAUAAAGUUGCAGCUCAUUUGCACACCGAGUCAUAUAAGAUGUCCUGGUUUGCAUAUUAUAAUGUGGACAUUUUUGCAUUUCAGUGUUUAUGAUCUUAUUCCUGCUUUUUGGGCUGAUCUGUAAGACUCUGGUUAAGGUGCUGGAGAGAAGGAGCAAAGUCAAGCAGCAGUAAGAGCUGAGAGAUUUCUGACCUCUGUCAGAACUCCUCAGAUGUUUGCUGAUGUUCACAAAGCCCUCAGAUAUAAUUAUACAUAUUAAUAUUAUUGUCAUGUAAUCAGUAAAUAGGUAAAAAUCUGAUGGAACUAAAUUCACUUCUGUAUUUAACAUCUGUCUGUUAAUGUAAUCAGCUCUGGAUGCUGCAGAUGAAGAAUCAUAGGAAAGAUAAAAGCAUCCGUAGUGUGUGUGUGUGUGUGUGUGUGUGUGUGUGUGUGUGUGUGUGUGUGUGUGUGUGUGUGUGUGUGUGUGAAUCAGAGUGUGUGUGUGUGCCCUGUGAUGGGUUGGCACUCCGUCCAGGGUGUAUCCUGCCUCGAUGCCCGAUGACGCCUGAGAUAGGCACAGGCUCCCCGUGACCCGAGAAGUUCGGAUAAGCGGUAGAAGAUGAAUGAAUGAAUGAAUGAAUAAUUACACAUAUAUAUUACAGACAUGAUCACUGAGAAACAUGUCAUAAUGUGAAACCUGUGAGAUUUUUCACGUUACUUUCUGAACAUCACUGCUUGUAGAUUAUUGUAUGAAUAAACCCCUGUGUGAUUAAAGGUUGGUGUGAAUGUUUAA